GAGGCAGAGCUGCAUGGGCCAGGCCUGUCAGGAAACAGUGGUGGCAAAGAAAGGGGGGGCAGAAGUAGGCGGCAGGGAGGAGUAGGCGAUGGUCAGGAGGCAAGGUGGCUGGGCCCAGCUGGGCGGCUGACGGAGGUGUGCGUGUCCAGCUGGGCGGCCAGUGGAGCUGUGCGGGCCGGGCCAGGCUGGCCGUGGAGAGGAGAGACAGCUUCCUGGCACAUUCUAUCCUUCCUGUUUGCCAUUCAGGAGAUCAGUCAGAAUCCCAGACUCUUCCCCAACAUCACCCUGGGCUACAAUGUCUAUGACAAUUAUUUUGAUGAAAGGAUGACCUACCAUGCCAUGGUAGACCUGUUAUCCUCAGGGCAGAAGAAUAUUCCAAACUACAGCUGUGGAAGAUGGAACGACUUAUUGGCUGUUCUUGAAGGGGCUGAUUCUGACAUCUGCCAGCAUAUUUCAACCAUGUCGGGUAUCUACAAAAUCCCACAGACCCUGCCUCCUUCGAGGUGUGUCGAAAGCUGUCGCCCUGGUUAUAAGAAGGUGAUCCAGGAAAAGAAGCCCUUUUGCUGCUAUGCUUGUUUUCUGUGUGCAGAAGGGACAAUUUCCACUCAGGAAGAUGCAGACCAUUGCAAUAAAUGUCCUGAAGACCAGCAUCCCAACAAAGACCAAAAUCAAUGUCUCCCCAAGUUGAUAAGCUACCUGGCUCAUGAAGAAACUUUGGGGAUCAGCCUCACUUCCAUGGCUCUCUUCUUGUCUCUAAAUGCAGCUUUGAUGUUGAGAAUCUUUAUUAAAUAUCACAAGUCUCCAGUGGUCAAAGCCAACAACCGAGACCUCUCCUACAUUCUCCUCAUCUCCCUCCUCCUUUCUUUCUUGUCAUCCUUUCUGUUCAUUGGCCAGCCUGGGAAAGUAACCUGCCUUCUCCGACAAACAACCUUCAGCAUCAUCUUCUCGGUUGCAGUCUCUUCUUUGUUGGCAAAAACCAUCACUGUGGUAGUGGCAUUCAUGGCCACAAAGCCAGGAAACAGGAUGAGGAGAUGGCUGGGGAUGAGUUUGGCCAACUCCAUUGUUCUUUCUUGUUCUGUUAUUCAAGUUGUCAUCUGUGCCAUCUGGUUGGGAAUCUCUCCACCCUUCCCAGACUCUGACAUGCACUCCCAACCUGGACAGAUCAUCCUGCAGUGCAAUGAAGGCUCAGUGGUCAUGUUUUAUACUGCCCUUGGCUACAUGGGCUUCCUAGCUGCCAUCUGUUUCACUGUGGCUUUCCUAGCCAGGAAGCUGCCUGGGGCAUUCAACGAAGCCAAGUUAAUCACCUUCAGUAUGUUGGUCUUUUGCAGUGUUUGGGUGUCCUUUGUGCCUGCCUAUCUGAGUACGAAAGGGAAAUACAUGGUGGCCGUGCAGGUCUUCUCCAUCUUGACCUCCAGUGCUGGAUUACUGGGCUGCAUUUUUAUUCCCAAAUGCUACAUUAUCAUGUUGAGACCUGAUCUGAAUACAAAGGAGCAUCUCAUGAUGAAAAGUAAAGAUGGUACCUAAUCUUUAAUAUAUCAUUCUUGCUAGAGAUAGCAAAUGUCCACCACUUCCUGAAUGAUAACAACAUACUUCUACAUGUCUUAGCAGUGAAUGUUCUGAGCUGGUAUGAGAACAGAACUCUCUUCCCUUCACACAUGGAGAUAUUCAUGGAGAAAUGUGUUUACAAUAUCAUUGGUUGCUAGUUGUGGCACUAUGAUGGCUUACAAUGUUCUAUCACUGGAUUCCAUAUCACGGAAAAGCCAUUUGAAUGUUCAAGGUAUGAAAAGAACUUCUGUCAGAGUCUCUCCCUUUCUAGAUAAGGAGAAAGCAUAUAAAUGUUUGGAGUGUGGUUAAAGCUUUAGCAUAAUCACAACAAUUGAUUACUGUGGAGGACUGGACCAUGGAGAUCCCCUCCUCCCAAUUCCCUCAUCUGUAGGAUCUUUAUUUUAUAGCUUCUGUCAUCUCCAGUGUGCCCCACAGCCACCACAUUUCUACUUAAAUAAACCUUUCCCCUUUAGUAGAUGGUUAAAGGCUUUAGGCAUG